GUCUCUUGUUCACCCAAAUAGCACAGCCACACUCUCUUCUUCCCCCGGCCGUGUCGGUGUGUGUCUCUCUCUGACUCUCCCCCACCCCCGCCGCAAAAACCCUAGCCUAGCCCUAAACCUCGCUGACCGAUCGCCGCCCCACCGCCGCGGCGCUCCCGGCGCCGUCUGGUUCGCCCCGCCCCCGGCCACAAGGAGGCGAGGAGCCCCCCUCCUCCCAGGACAGCCGCCGCCAUGAACAUGGACUCCUUCGAGCGCCUCCAGGCCGACAGCAAGCUCCGCGAUGCGCUGAGGCGAAUCCAGUACGACGAGGAGGGGACCGACGAGGAGGAGGAUGAGGAGGACGAGAGGGGCGCGGAGGAGGAGCUGGCCUGCCCGUUCUGCGACGACGAGUAUGACAGCGUCGGCCUUGUCUUGCACAUCGACGACGACCACCCGCUGGAGAGCAAGGCCGGGAGAUGCCCUAUAUGCUCAGAGAGGGUUGGGCUUGACUUGGUUGGGCACAUGACUGUGCAGCAUCCCACUUUCUUCAAGGGCAGGUCGAGAAACCGACAAGCUUCAUCUGGAUCACAUUCUUCUUCAAGAUAUUCUGAAUUGAAAAAGAAUGCGGCGUACAUACAGUACCGUUAUGGUGGAUCCUCUCGUGCUUGCUCGCUCAACACAGUGCCUGAUCCUCUACUCUCCUCCUUCGUCAGUAGCUUCAUUGAUGAUGAUUUGCCAAAAGAGGUCCAAGAAGUGUUCUUGGAUGAUGUUAUUGAGAAAAGUGAUUCCUUGGAGCCUAAAGCAGCAGAAAGUGCUGAGGAGCCUUUGCUCCCUGAGGUCAAGGAGGAGAGAACUAGGAGGAGCCAAUUUGUGCAGGGACUGGUGCUGUCCCUGAUGUUUGAUGACAUCUUAUGAGCAAUGUCUUGUUCUGAAAAUUGGUUGAGGAAGGUAGCUCUUGCUUCCAUCGAAGUGUCAUACCAAGUGCAAAGUUGCUGCUGCUCGUGGAUCUGCCAUUUAAAAGGGAUGGCAGCAUUGUUGUGGGCUGAUGAGGAAAAUGGAUGUUGUGAAUAUAGAUGCUCCUUUAGUACGCCGGCCGGUGUCGCAUGGACAAUAAUAUAAUAUGUAUAGCUUUGUUUUAUGGGUACCAGAGAUGUUGUAAGAAGGGGUCCUGUGCCCCUUGUUGUAUGUAUUAUUGGUAGACUGCCGAAAUGAAUAAUCUAUAUCUUCGGACCUCAUUUCA